UGUUCUAUACGUAUAGGAUAUGAAACGAUAUAAACUUGCUACUAGAUUCUACAUGGAAUACUACUUGUAAUUUUAAGGCAGAUGCAGAGUUAUUUCCCAUUACUGUAGGACAAACAAUUAAUCAACCAGUAGAGAAAUAGGUAUUGGGCAUUUCAGUCUAAAACAUCUACUGUAGGACGAACGAUUAGCACAGCACAGCACAAUUUACAUUUUAAGGCAUACAGGAUUUGUGAAUAUAGGACAUAUAUAGGACUAGACAUGCAGAAUUAGUGAUUAUAGGACAUAUAUAGGACUAGGCAUACAAGAUUAGUGAAUAUAGGACAUGUAUAGGUAUAUACAUACAGGAUUAGUGAAUAUAGGACAUAUAUAGGUAUAGACAUACAGGAUUAGUGAAUAUAGGACUAGACAUACAGGAUUAGUGACUAUAGGACAUAUAUAGGACUAGACAUACAGGAUUAAUGACUAUAGGAUAGAUAAAGCAAACGGAACAGGUCACAUCUUGAUACCUGUAGCUACACUGUCCAGAAGGAGGCGGUAAUAAACCUUAACGCUGGCUGUAAGCCGCCUCUAUUCAAAGAAGAAGAAGAACAACAACAAACCGCUCACUUGAAUGUCAGGAAGUGUUCAGUUUGGGCGUUUUUAACUGAUUUUAAAUAGAUAAAGCACAUCCGAAAUGCAUAAUGUGACCUAAUAUGUUGUAGUUAUUUACCUAAUUAGGAGGACAAAAGUGAGGUUUAAUCUGUGGAACUCAAAUUUUCUAACAAGACCUGAUCAAGACAGAGAGUCAUGGCACAGAACUGUCUUCCUGGCAUGGAAACAUCAGCCGUGUCUGUUCUUAAGAGAGCUGUAGAGCUUGAUCAGAGUUCUCGCUUUCAGGAAUCUCUUGUGUGCUACCAGGAGGGCAUUCAGCUCCUUCUAGACGUGCUGAAAGUGAUAAAGGAUGAAUCUAAAAAAGUCCACUACAGAGAAAAGAUCAAGGGUUACAUGGAUCGAGCUGAGCAGAUGAAAGUUCACCUAAACAAAGUGAAAGAAGAAGGGAAAUACCAUGAGCAAAUUAAAAUCACUGACAGCGCAACAGGUUUCAGCUAUGAGACCCUGUUCAAGCCAUACAUUAGAGAAGGACUCACUGAAGUCUGGGUUGAGGACCCUUAUAUCCGCCAUGUGCACCAGCUGUAUAACUUCCUGCGUUUUUGUGAAAUGCUUUUAAAGGCCGAAUGUAAUGUUAAGAAGAUUAAUCUCCUGACUUCUCAAGAUGAAGUUAGUUCCUCCCAGCAAGAGAGUGCCCUAGCAGAAAUCCGCCAGUCUUUGCAGAGUCAGGGCAUUUGUCUGGACAUUAAAUAUUCCUCCACUAUUCAUGACCGGGAGGUCAGAUUCGAUAAUGGUUGGAUUAUCAAGAUUGGCAGGGGGCUUGAUUAUUUCAAGAAGCCUAAGGGUCGUUUUUCCAUUGGCUACUGCGAUUACGACUUGAGAGAAUGUCAUGAGACUACAGUGGAUGUCUUCCACACAAAGCACACCAAGAAGACAUGACCAAAAAAGCAUUUGUAUUCGGUGUAUUUGAGUUAUCCUACUAUGCGCUAUUUAGAUGGGUGGGUUUAUUCCUGUUUUGUAUUUUUAACUCUGUUAAGGGUUUACCGUUUAUAAAGUAAGUGCCUAAUAUAUUAAUGUGCAUGUUGCUGGCAAUCACACUGUAAUGCAUGGGUUUUAAACCAUGACCAUGCUGUUCAAAAACAUGAAAAUAUGAGAGCGUGAUGGACGUGGACCUGCUGUGGUCUGGUGUUUUUUUUUUGUUUUUUUUUUAAAAAAAGGACUUUAGAGGAUCUCAGAAUGAAGUCUAAUGAAAUGUUAAUAAUAAAUAAUCAGACUGUUUUAAUUACUAUUAUUAAAUAUUCCAUAAAUCGA